AUGGCAUCUAAACCAGCUGUCCACGACCUGAUCAGCCUGUUCGAGGCCAUCGAGACCAGCGAGUCCAAGAUGGACGAACACACUCGCUAUCUCAGCCAGCUGCUGCCCUCGCCAUGGACGGAGAUGGCUCCCUCCCUGACCAUCCCGUACUCGCCCAGGUCGACCGUCGGCAGCGAGGUCGACUCGGACCGUCCAUCCCCUCUGACCUCAGCAACCUCCAGCCCGGCCUCCUCGCCUACUUCUAGCCCCAUCAGCGCCUCUCCGCGCAUGAACAGAUUCACCUCUUCGCUCCGUCGGAUCGGCAGCCGGAGCAAGAAGUGCUAUUCGUCCUCCUCGCUCGGCAUGGGGACCAUCCUGCUGCGCCGCCGUCCGUCUAACGUCGACCUGGCGCUCACAGAGGAGCGCUACAGGUGCACCGAAGAUUCGAUCGAACGACAUGGGCUGGGUCUGCUGGAACCGCGUCCCGUUGACCCCAUGCCGCUCAUGACCGAUGGCCAUGCUCACAUUGACUCCUCGAACAACCUGUCGAGCGUCACUUCAGACCUCAAAGAGCCUUCUGCGCUCCUCUCACCCCUAUCAGCCCGCCAGUCCCCGCGAUUCGUCAUGGGGGGAAUUGCCGAAGUCAUGGAGGGUUCCGCUUAA